AUGAAACUUCCUUUUCUUUCUUUCUUUUUUUCUUCAUUUUUUUCUUCUUUUUUUCAGUCUAUUAGUCAAAGUUGUUUUUGUGGGGUGGUGUGGGGUGAUUAUCUUUCUUUUUUUUUUUUUCUUUUUUGUGGAAAAAUGCCCACCAAUAACAUUCUUUGGAGAACAUUGUGUUGCAAAAUAAACAGAUUCUGUGGAAACGGUACUCAGUUUUUGGCAACACAUCUUCAUUUUUCUUUUGCUUUUGGUACACUCAUCUUUUUAGCUUCAAUUUUGGGGCUUCUUCUUUCUUUCCACCUUUUCUCUUCUUAUAUUUUUAAUUUACUCCAAUAUUUUCUUUUCUUUCUACCAUUUUCUUUUGAUCAUUCCUUUUUUCUUCCUUUUUCUUUUUUAAAUUUUUUCUUCUUUUCACAUUUCUACUUUCUUUUUCCUCCAUUCUUUUUCCUUUUUGUUCAUCUUACUUUCUUUACUCUUUCCAUUUUGAUUUUUCUUUCUAAUGUAUAUUCUUUCUUUCUUUUUUUAUCUCUUUCUUUCCUUUCCCUUUACUCUUUCUUUUACUCUUUAUCUUUAUAUAUUUCUUUUCACUUUUCUUUCUUUUCUUUUUUCUUCCAUCAUUGCUAUUUUUCGUUAAAAUUCCAUCAUUUUUUCUUCUUUUUCCUUUACUUUUUAUCUUUUUCUUCAUUUUUCUUUCUUUUACUCUUUUUCUUUUCUCUUUUUUUUUGA